CACGUUGUUACAAUUAUCAAGUUAAUUUCAUUUAUUUUUGGCCAUAAAAAGUUAUUGUAACCUAUUAAAAAAUGAGAGUAUUUAUAAAGUUAUUGCUUUUUAGACAACCGUACACAAUUUGCUACAUAACGAAAGAUGUUUUUAUGCUACCAGAUGAGCAUUAUUACAAAGCAAUUGGUCUAAAUGUCGGCGAAUGUUAUGAUCAUAUAGAAACACUAACAUUAUCAAGAACAAAAAAGUUGAAAUAUACAAUAAAUAGUUUAUUCUUAAAAGCUUUCCUAAAAGAAUGUGUUAUCUUUGAUAAAUACAGAUGUAAUGUAGUAAAGAAUAUUUACCAAAAAUGUAAAUAUAAGCAGAAUGAACCAAUAUUUUUAAAACUUAUUUUGGAACCACCAGACCAAGAAAUUAUUGAUUAUGAAUGGAAUGAUAGAUUGAAUUAUCUGAUAUGGACUAGAGUUGAAAUAGAAAAUGCCUUCUCCUGGCUUUCAACACUUGGAGGUGCAUAUUCAGCAUUAGGCGAUUAUUUUGAACAUUGUGCGGAAGAAGCGGGAAGAAUAUCCUUGAGACAGUACAAACUUUCGAGAAUGUUGGGUGAUGAUGGGCUUGCAGCACGGAGUAAGUUGUAUUCCUCAAUCGCAUAUGCUCAGAGAGGAAAGCUGAAGCUUGCAAGAUAUAUAGUCAGAGAUAUAGCCACAUUUGCAAGACAGACUCAUGAUAGAAGACUAAACCGUAUGUGCCAAGGUGUUUGGGCGAAAUUGAAAUAUUUACGAAAGUUAAAACCAACAGUGAUAGUGAAAGAUGAAAUCAAUAAACCAGUUGUAAAUAUGGUUGGCAGAGGUGAUGAAAAAUUUGAAAUAACCCAAAUGGUGUGUGUAAAAUGAAUUUUGUUUUAUACUGUGUAGUUAAAUUUAAGUGUAUGUGCAAUAAAUUUUUACUAUAUUGA